ACCGGCCCUGAGAGGAGAGGAGAAGAAGGAGAAGAGAGCACCGGACCCCGGGAGAGAGUGAGAGAGAGAGAGUGAGAGAGAGAGGGAGAGAGUGGGAGACUGACAGGCGUUACCGACACUAGACGAACCGAAACGUCGACAUGAGCGGUCAGUUUGAGGAAGAUAUGCACGACAGGGGCGAGAGGAAGAGCAGUAAAUCCCCGACGCUGCUCUCCUCUUACUGCAUAGACAGCAUUCUGGGCCGCCGGAGUCCCUGUAAGGUCAGGCUGAUAGGGGCGCAAAGUUUGACGGGUCUGCCCGGCAGAGGGGAGCUCGACAAGACGGCUGACAGACCAACGAAAGACCCCCUUUCUCUCACCGCUGACAUGCACCUGCCCCCCAAGCUCCGCCGGCUGUACGGACCCGGGGGGAAGUACCUCCACGACCACGCAGAGACCCUGGAUAGAGAGCGGCUCCUUCUGGAGCAAACCAGCGACAGCCUCAAAAUCAGCCAGGCGCCGCAGGUGAGCAUCAGCCGCAGCAAGUCGUACCGGGAGAACGCGUCGCUGAGCCGGGGAGAGGGCGACCAGAGUCCCGGGGAGGGCUCCGAGGACGGCAGCAUGGGACUGGUGGAGCUCGGCCCGUUGAAGUUCGAGGAGGACGCGGGGAAGGAGGAGGAGAGCUGCGGGGACGCGGCCGCUCUGUCCCCGAAGGACGAGGAGAGGGAGAGCUUGAACGCCGGGGAUGGGGACGUGAGGGACGGGGAGGAUAGCGUGUGUCUGUCGGCGGGCAGUGACUCGGAGGAGGGGAUGCUGAAAAGGAAGCAGAGAAGAUACAGGACUACCUUCACCAGUUACCAGCUGGAGGAGCUGGAGAGAGCUUUCCAGAAGACACACUACCCCGACGUCUUCACCAGAGAAGAGCUCGCGAUGCGUCUGGAUCUCACCGAGGCCCGUGUUCAGGUGUGGUUUCAGAACCGCAGAGCAAAGUGGAGGAAGCGUGAGAAGGCCGGGGUGCAGGCUCACCCGUCAGGCCUGCCGUUCCCGGGUCCCCUGGCAGCGGGCCACCCUCUGAGCCACUACCUGGAGGGAGGGCCCUUCCCUCCCCAUCACCACCCUGCCCUGGAGUCAGCUUGGACGGCUGCUGCAGCUGCAGCCGCUGCCUUCCCGGGACUGGCCCCACCACCUCACAAUGGCUCCGCUCCACCUCUGGCCACCCCACUCGGCCUGGGCACUUUCCUGGGCACGGCUGCCAUGUUUCGUCACCCUGCCUUCAUUGGACCCACUUUUGGCAGGCUCUUUUCCAGUAUGGGUCCCCUGUCCAGUGCUUCCACCGCUGCAGCCCUCCUCCGUCAGCCCGCCCCCCCUGUAGAGAAUCCCUCCCACGCUGGCCCCGUCCUCCCCGACCCUUCCUCCUCCUCAUCCUCCCCCUCUUCCGCAGCCGCAGCAGACCGCAGGGCCUCUAGUAUCGCCGCGCUGCGCCUCAAGGCCAAGGAACACUCGGCUCAGCUCACCCAGCUUAACAUCCUGCCCACCGGAGCCGCAGGGAAGGAGGUGUGCUGAACACUCAACACCAGCUCUAGGCCUCCCUGUCCUGGGCCACGUCCCAUUCCAUCACGCCCCCGCCACUACCCCCCCCCCCUCCAAAAACCCAUUCAUACCUCUGGAGGCUGAUGUCCUGACGUCCCCCCUGUUCAUCCCUGUUACCUCAUGUUUCCCAACAAAAUAG